GAAUGUUUUACAAGGAGAUUAUGAAUAACUCCUAUAUAUAAGAUGAUUGUUUGGAAAAUUGUAUGUAAUGUUAUAAACCACUUAAGGAUGGACUCCAUAACCAAACCCAUACACGGUCCAUAUCCAUGAAGCCCAUCGGACAUAAGCUCAUGAGUCUAAGUCGGUUUAUGUAUUCCCUAUUAUGUUUAGGAAUUAGUCAUAAUAAGGCUUAACACUUUGCUAUAUAUAUGUAACCUCCAUUCAAUAAUGAUUAAUAAAAAUAAGAGAUUCUAGACUUUGAACUCUCUAAUUUACAACACGUUAUCAGCACGACUUGCUCUAACGCCCAGCUCAGUAAAAACCCUAAAACCCUAAGAGCCGUCGUUCAUCCCUCUCUUUCAUCAAAACCCUAAACCACCGACGUUCCUCCCUUUUGUUCGAGACUAGUUCCUGUUUCGAAGAUCUAUUGGUGUUCACGAGCAAACAUGUGCUUGUGAUCAAAUUCCAUCCGAAACCAGUUCGAGGUUCGUAGUCCGGUACCUGUGUGGUUCGCGGCUUCGAGACGAGUGCGGUACGAGAGCAGUACGUGAGCGGUACGUGGAGCGGGACGAGAGCAGUACAAGGAGCGGUCCGAGAUCUGUUCGUGUGAAAGCAGUUUGCAGUCUAGAUCGAGGUUCGUGGCUCAUGAUCAAGGGAAAUUUGAGGUCUUUAGCUCCCAGAUCAAAACCUGUCAUACCCCUUUGGUGUUAAGAUGGCAAAGCUCAACAACCUCAUGUACACAGCCCUUAACGCCUCUGGCGAUAAUUAUUUACAAUGGGCAUUGGAUACUAAGAUCCACUUGAAAUCAAAAGAGCUUUGCGAAUGCAUUGAGGAUGAUAAUAACUGUUCUAAAGGAGAUAAGUAUAAGGCAAUCAUGUAUAUACGCCAUCAUAUGGAUGAGAGCCUCAAAAGUCAGUACCUCACUAUUGAGGAUCCUCUUGAGCUUUGGACAGAGUUGACAAACAAAUAUGGACACCAAAAGAUGGUGCUCCUACCAAAGGCUCAAGUCGAUUGGAAAACCCUAAGGGUCCAGGAUUUUAAAUCCAUGGAUAGGUAUAAUUUAGAGCUAUUUAAGAUAGCCUCAAGAUUGAAAUUAUGUGGUAUAGAGGUUACUGAUGAGGACUUGAUAGAGAAGACACUCUCAACCUAUUACACUAAUGACAUACUGCUUCAGCAGCAAAUUCGUGAAAGAAGUUUUAAAACAUAUGCAAGUCUCAUCUCCUGUUUGUAUGCCGAAUCAUUGGGACAAGAUGGGCAAAACGUUGAGCAUCCUAUUGAUCUCUAUCAAGAGAAUUUAAAGAAAAAUCAAGAAGCCAAUUUGGUGCAUCUCGAUGGUGAGGGUGACUUUGACCAUGAGAAUGACGACCAAUUGGACUAUGAGACAUCCGAUUGCUUAAAAGAAGAUAAUUAA